AUGGAACGGAGUUUUGCUGCGUUAUCUAAUGCUUUUUUAGCACAAAAUGAGUUUGUUAACAAAGCGUUGCGGUCUAUUAUAGAUUGGUCCUCUCAGUCGGACGUUAUACUUAAUUCUUCUUCUAUUUAUGAUAAAUUAAAAGAAUUUUUCGGUCAAAACUCGGAAUAUAAGGCGGUUUCUCAUGACAUUUUGCAAAUAAUUUGCGGAAAACGUGCUGAAGCUUUAGAGUUACGACGUAAAACAUUGCUUACAAAUUUAAAAAGAAAAUAUGUAAGAGAAGAUUUGGACAAAAUUCCGCCUUCUGCAGAAUAUAUGUUUAAUCCGGAAAUAUUAUCUACAUAUUUACAAAAAAUGGGUGGUACUGAUAAAAUUGAUAAGAUCGUUGGGUCUCAACCUAAGACGCGAGGCAAGUCGCCAGCGCACGGCAAUCCACCUAUGCCUUCUACGUCUCAAGAAAAGCCCUUUCGUGUUAAACAGUACAAUGCAAAGCAAAAUCAUAAAAAACAAAACACGGAAGAUUUUGAUAAAAAACAAAGGGGGGGACGCAAAUCUAAUAGAGUUAAUAAAUAUAAGCAUAAAUGA